CUUCUGUUAACCUACAUAUCUUACAGAGGUAGUGAAACGUUUUACAUACAAAAGAAAACUGAGCGUGAUUAACCACGUCUGUGGCCUAAGCAGAAGUGGUGGGUAUGUAUGUGUGCAAUCCACACAACAAGUGAAGAGUGUCUUCUUUUAGCUACUGUAUGUGUUUAUCUGAUUAUGUUAGUUUCAUUUGAAAUACACUGCUUCGUUAAACCUAGUCAAUGCAAACUAGUCAAUCAAAGCGGUACUAGCCUAGAGCAGACUGCAGGUCCAGUGUGGUUUGUGUAGUGCUCUUUGGAAAACAGCGUGCACAACGGGUUUCACUAUCAAUCAGAGGAAUACAUAUUGGCACGACAUAGGCUAUUUACUGUAGGUUAAAGUCUGUUUUACCAAACAAGGACUCAAAGCCACGAGGUUCGGCUCCAGUUGAGAGGAGACAAUUAUCCCAACGCGAUUUCGAAUGGUCCCACCUGAUCUUGCUGCCUCAUGCCAGCCUUUCAUCUUUGAGGACAUCUUGACAAUGUAAUAAUCCAUCUUUGACUUGGCCCAAACGAGGAAAAUGGUACUGUGUGACAGCAAAGUGUGCUAUAUACAGUGGAUUGUCUAUGUCCCCACAUUCAUGGUGGGUCUUCCCCUCAACCUGGCCGCUCUGUGGCUCCUCCUCUUCAGAAUGCGUCGAUGGACUGAGUCCACGGUGUACCUCAGCAGUCUGAUCAUCAACGACAGCCUUCUCAUCUUCUCUCUGCCCUUCAAGAUGUACGCCUACGAACACAACUGGGGCCUGAGCAUGGGAUUCUGCACCUUCCUGGAGAGCCUGGUGUUCGUCAACAUCUAUGGGAGCAUCAUACUGAUCGUGUGCAUCUCUGGCGACCGCUAUGUUUAUUUGCGAUUUCCAAUCAAUGGCAAGCGUCUGCAUUCGCCACGGAAGGCUGCCCUGGUAUGCCUGGCCGUGUGGGUGAUGGUAUUCGCUUUCACCACACCCGUCUAUGAGCUCCACAACAAAAACAACAACGACACCAGAAUGCACAAAGGCAACGAAACCAAGUGUUUCCAGAAGUUCUCCAGCGAAACCUGGAAGAAGAAAUGGAUCAUCAUCGCCAUAGAGACAGUGUUCUCAAUCAGCACGGUUGCCAUGGUGUUCUUCUCGGUGCGUGUGAUGCAGAUCCUGAGUGGCAUGCGGCGACUGAACCCACUGGACGAUAAGCUGAGGAACAACAAGUCUGUGAAAAUCGUCCUGAGCAACCUGGUGGCCUUCCUGCUGUGCUUCAUCCCCUACCACGUGGCCGCAGUCGUCUACUUCCUGGCCAAGAACCGCACGGAGGACCCGAACGUCAUCAACCCCCUCAGAGACUUCGUCCAUAUCAGCAUGUGUCUGGGCAGCAUCAACUGUCUGACGGACGGGGUCUGCUACUACUUCAUCCUGAAGGAGAACCUGCUGACUGCCAGCAAGGAGAGGCGGAGGAUGUCCACUAGAGGAAACGUAGUGGCGAGGCUCAGGGAAAUCAACCAGCAUCCAAUGGACAACAUCAAGGUCAAGGAACCUGGAGAGACAGGAUCAGAUGCCCAGGUCAAUGGAGAUCAAUUGGACUUGCUAGAUAGAUGUGGCUUAUCCCCUCUUGGUGCCUGCAGAGUGGAGAGCAGGGUGGAGACAUUUCCCCUGUAGAUGGGGAAAUGCCUCUAUCUGGGAAAUGGAAAACUCAGAUCCCCACAGCAGACAGAGGAGACAAGUUGCUCGAAGAUUGAAUGAAUGGCCAGCACUUGGAAUAAAUGUUUUUAAAUCAAUCAUCCAACCUUCCAUUGUAUUCUCACUCAUCACACGUGGCCUUUGGUCCUAGUCUUACCUCUUACCUUUAGGAGGCUGAGAUUCAAAUAGGUUCCACAGAAUAUCUCAGAGGGCAUAUCUAACACUAACUGAUCUGAUCAACAAAAGGCAUGGGAUUUACAACCCUGAGUCUUGUAAUUUAUUCAUACUGAAUAGAAGCUUCUACAUAAUUAUACACUGUUCAGAUAUGGACUGUUUAAAUGCAAUCCACCCACUCUCAAUCUAGACAGUAAAGAUGUGUACAUCCAGACCAUUUCAAAUAUAAAACGGUAUUUACAUUUAUUAGACAGUUGCUCUUGAUCAACACGCUUGUUUAUAACUAUUCACUACGAAUAACUCACUUUUCGUAAAAAAAUGAUCAGACUGUCUGUUUAGGUCAGAGAUCGGAGAUUCUUCAUGUUGAUAGUUUGUUACUCAGACAUGGUUCAUGUUGUCAAGAGUCUUCAACCUUAUCAGCAGAGAGGAUGGGAGGACCUUCCUGAGAAAAUAAAAAAAUCACCCUCACUUCCUGUUUCAACACUUUCAUUCCGGAAGUUAAGAACAGCUCAACCUCUAUGCAGACUGCUCUGACAGGAAGUGGCAACCAGAAUAUUGAGUGAGUGGAUUGGGAGUGGUUUCUGUCUCUUUUCAAAUUACACGCACAGACACCAUGAACAACAACAAUGAUAGUUUAGGAGCACUCUCCUCUGAGGGGAGUUAUUAUGUGACAGCCUCUGCCAUUGCGUGGUGGUGCUGGGCCUGCCGCUCAAUGCCAUGUCACUGUGGGUUCUGCUCUGCCGCCAUGGCUUCAAAUCCUCCAGCGCUGUCUCCAUGAGCCACCUGGCUCUGUCCGACCUGCUGCUGGUCCUGUCCCUGCCCACCCGGGUCUACUUCUACGCCACGGGCACCUGGCCCCUGGGCAUCCAGGCCUGUACAGCCACCACCAUGCUGUUCCACAACAACAUCCGCUCCAGCGCCGCCUUCAUCACCUUCAUUGGCCUGGACAGGCUGUGGUCCACCCUCUGAGGUCCUGCAACCUCCGCACCACCACCAACGCCUGGAAGGCCUGCGUCUUCAUCUGGGUCCUGAUAGUGGCAGUCAUCAUUCCAGAGAGCCUCUACCAGAUCAGUCAGAUAAAGAGCUGUGAUGCCACUAACGUCUGCUUUGAGUUUAUUAAUGUAUGUUCUGUGGAGAAUCCGAUCGUUGGUUAUGUGCAGUCCGGGCUGGUGUUCAUCAUGCUGGGGAUCAACGUGGUCGCCACCACCAUGGUGUCCUGGAAGCUACGUGGGCACCUCAGCGAUGCCGCCAGGGUCAACAAGAUGAACGUCAUGCUGAUCUUCACCAUCAACCUUCUGAUGUUUGUCCUCUUCCUGCCCUCCUCCAUCGUCGUGACGCUCAAAAUCAGGCAGGCUAUCAUGCCCAUGUUCUGUCUGGCCAGCGUCAACUGUUGUAGUACUUCUCUUUAGAUGCUUUCUGGAAGAAGAAGGUUCUGACAUGGAGGUUUCUCAGGCCAGAUCACAUGAAAGUAGAUGAAGGGUGAGAACACAGUGAGUGAGAAACCACUACCAGUGGAGAUUUUGAGAUAACAGCAUCAAAAUGUGUCCCUAAAUAUGCCACAAUUUAUAGUUAAAUAUAGAAUGAUAUUUUGUCAAAUUAUAUGUUAUAGUUUUUUUUUGUUGUGGUAACAGUUCAUCUCUUCUGUAAGUUUAAUUGAGCUCAUCUGUACUUUUAAGAUGUGCCAAUACAAUUGUUUUAUAGAAUAAACAUUUGACCU